AUGGCCGCUGCCGACAGUACGGGGCUCAAUUUCCGUCCUCCGACAACAUCCUCUGCCUCUUCGAAAGACUUUGUGCCACCAAGUAUUUCCUUCCUCCAGGGCAAAUGGCACGUCACUCAUGCAACGCUUCCAAUGUGGAAGAAGAACCAGAAUGUCACUAUUACCUAUACGCCGCUCCCUCAAAACGCCGAUCUCCUAGACGACCUGGUUGAAUACCAGCCUCUGAACUCGACAAAGCACAAGAAGGUGGAGGGUAUUGAUACACCGGAUGCCACAACAAAAGCCGCAUACAGCUGGCGUGGCAAAGGUCUCCUGAAGAUCGCGUCCAGCCAUUGGCAGGUUCUUGGAUAUGGUGAGGAAGACGGCGGUUGGGCAGUCACCUUCUUCCAAAAGACCCUCUUCACGCCAGCCGGCAUUGAUAUAUAUGCUCGUCAAAAGAGUGGAUUGUCUGAGACGCUGCUGGAGCGGAUCAAGCAGGAAUUGAGGGCGAUUGAGGACCCUAAUGUGCAGAAACUGGCGGAAGAUAUCUUCUCUAUCAAGCACGACCCAUAA